GCGCCAGGGACGAUAUAAAUCGCCGCUGAAGUUCAUCUCCUCCGCCUCUCUCCUGCUUCUCUCUACUGCUGCACCGGCGCUUCAGGAGGAGAAAAAUGUCUCACCGGAAGUUUGAGCAUCCUAGGCAUGGAUCCCUUGGAUUUCUGCCAAGGAAGAGGGCUGCUCGCCACAGGGGAAAAGUGAAGGCUUUUCCAAAGGAUGAUCCUAGCAAGUCCCCCAGACUGACUGCUUUCCUGGGCUACAAGGCAGGGAUGACUCAUAUUGUCAGAGAAGUGGAAAAGCCUGGAUCAAAACUUCACAAGAAGGAAACAUGUGAAGCUGUGACUGUGGUCGAGACACCUCCUAUGGUAAUUGUUGGAGUUGUGGGUUACGUUAAGACUCCGCGUGGUCUGCGUACAUUGAACACGGUCUGGGCUCAGCACCUGAGUGAGGAGCUGAGACGUAGAUUCUACAAGAAUUGGUGCAAGUCCAAGAAGAAGGCAUUUACCAAAUACUCAAAGCAGUAUGAGACUGAGGAAGGAAAGAAGAAUAUCCAAGCUCAGCUUGAAAAGAUGAAGAAGUAUGCAUCUGUGAUCAGGGUUUUGGCUCACACUCAGAUUAGGAAGAUGAAGGGAUUGAAGCAGAAGAAGGCACACCUAAUGGAGAUUCAGGUUAAUGGUGGUACUAUUGCUCAAAAGGUGGACUAUGCAUAUGGAUUCUUUGAGAAGCAGGUUACCGUUGAUGCUGUUUUCCAGAAGGAUGAGAUGAUUGAUAUCAUUGGUGUGACAAAAGGUAAGGGUUAUGAAGGUGUUGUGACCCGUUGGGGCGUCACUCGUCUUCCCCGUAAGACUCACAGAGGUCUGCGAAAGGUGGCUUGUAUCGGUGCUUGGCAUCCUGCAAGAGUUUCCUUCACAGUUGCUAGAGCUGGUCAGAAUGGCUACCAUCACCGCACUGAAAUGAACAAGAAAGUUUACAAGAUCGGCAAGACUAGCCAGGAAUCUCACACAGCAAUUACCGAGUUUGACAGGACUGAGAAAGACAUAACCCCCAUGGGUGGCUUCCCUCACUAUGGUAUUGUGAAGGAUGAUUACCUUAUGAUCAAAGGUUGCUGUGUUGGACCUAAGAAAAGGGUUGUCACGCUGCGUCAGUCCUUGCUCAAGCAGACAUCUCGUGUGGCGCUUGAAGACAUCAAGCUCAAGUUCAUUGACACUUCUUCAAAGUUCGGACACGGGCGAUUCCAGACAACACAGGAGAAGCAGAAGUAUUAUGGGCGCCUGAAGGCUUAGAUCACCAAACUAGCCUUUCAUUUUGCAUCUUAGAGUUUGGGUUACUUUUAGUUCCAUUGCAUAUGGACUUAAAUGUUGCAACAUUGCCUUGUCUCAAUUGUUUCCUGAUUGAAGUUGAAGUCCUUUGGAUUUUGAACAUACUUAUCUAUGCGGCAAAUUUUGGGUUGGGAGGAAACUUUGUUUUAAAUGGUAAUAGCCCCUUUGUGGUUAUCUCUUAUUAUCCAGUUUUAUCUUAAUGUUUA